CUCUUGUACUGUCCUUCGACCAUCGACGACAACUGCCCUCGCGCGGUAGUGACACAGCUUCGGCGAACGCCUUGGAUACAUUCGACAGCCGCGACCACCGGCGACCGACCAGGAUAUUCGCGAAGGAAGUGCGGCUCUUCGUGAGGAAACUACUUUGGAAAAUAUACUCUGGUGUGCGUGUGGAGAAGUUACUAGAACAAGGGAAAAGAAACGGAAAAGGUUUCUGUUCUGUUUUUUUUUUUCACGGCCGGUGUGUUGUUGUGGUCAGUGUUCCUGUCUGGAGGGGGUGUUUUUGUUUACGGCGGGCCACCGUAGACGCCAACGCUACCCUGCUUGCAAAAGGGGGCGUCUCCCCUUCACUCCGUACUGAGCCUCUCUUCACAUCUCCAGCUCCUCACUGCCUUUGAAAAUGGAAGUCCUAAUGCAGGGAAGCAUCUUCGAGCAGCGAACGAGCGAGUUCUCGAAAACGAUAGGGCGGCGGAUACAAGUAUUCAGCUCCGGGGGAGGGAUGUUCUCAUCACACAACAAGCUCCACAUGGCUGAGAACAUCAUGAAGGACGUGAAGAAGUAUGCCGACAUGGACAUUGAUGAACUUCUGUCUAAGCUGUCUCCGGAAGAGUUGGAGCAACUUGGCAACAUGGUCGAUCCUGACGAUUCGCUAAUACCUCCAUCGGAACGAUGUCGGACGCAAACCAAGAAGAAGCCGACGGGUCCCCUGAACCGGCGCCACCUGCUGCAGUUCCUCGAAAAGUUUGCCCGGGAGCAGGAAGACUGGCCCGAAGCUAAGCCAUUCCAGGCGGGACAAAAGAGAGGCAAAGUUUUUGUUCCUCGUGUCCAGCCAAAGCCCAAUCAAGAUGACGAUGUGGAAGUUGAGCUGGAUAUUGGCGAAGACUACGAGAAGGCGCUCAACACGGCAAAUGAGUCGGAGCUGGUGGACCUGGCAGCCAUUCUUGGUCUGCACAGCAUGCUCAGUCAGGACCAGUACCACAAUUCAGUGACCAAUCGGAGACAGAGACCAGGCACAGGAUUUGAUUCCCUGGUGAAGGCAUCCAUGCCCAAGCCCAUGCCAAUGGAGCCGGACAAUGACACCAACACCCACCAAACUGCUGAGAAAGUUUCUUCGAAUGAUCCGUCCCUGAAAACGCUCAACUGGAACAACAUAAAGAAUAUCCGAAGAGACGACUUCAAGAAGCUCUUCGAAGGUCUCAAGAAGAAUACAAACCUUGAAUCCCUCUCCUUAGCAAACACUGAUCUCACUGACAGCUUAGUCAAGCGCCUCAUUGAAGCAGUGCGGCACAACAAGACAUUGAAGUCCCUCAACGUGGAGUCCAACUACAUCAGCGGGCCCGUCAUCAAGGACCUGGUUGAAGCCGCCAACAGUCAGCAAUCUCUGGAGGAGCUCAGGGCAUCUAACCAGAGGCCCUCCAUUCUUGGUAACAAGAUUGAGAUGGAGAUUGCACGGCUGGUGGAGAAGAACCGUACCCUGUUGCGGUUGGGCAUCUCGUUUGACGUUCCCGAUGCACGGAUGAGGGUAACGCAACACCUGCAGAACAACUAUGACCGCCUGCGGCUGCGACGCACCGCUUCAGGAGCACAGCUCAACAACAGCACCUGAGCGUCUCGAGAUCUUCAUGUCUUUCUCGGCUUAAAUACGUUUUUUUUAUAAGCUUUAUACUCUAGAGGCAAGGGCAGAAGAGCUGCUGUCCUAUGAUGCCGCAGCUGUGGAGUUUCAUACAAACACGUGGCCAAGACUGCGGCGCAUGCAUCAGGGUAUGAUUAAGUUUGUCGAGGAUGACGUUAGGCUACUUCUAUGUCAAUGUUCCUGCGAGCAACAAGAAGUGCUUGACAUACCAAAAAGGUGGUAGCGUUCUCUGUUAUGCAUAGGAACUGACCCGAGGCGCUCUGUAAAUGCAUUUGAGGCAACCUUUAUUAAGAGCCAUCUUCCUACCAUUCCCCCCUUUGUUGGCUCUUCUCCCACAAGCCACGGUUCCAGAUUUCUCUUUAGGAGUGCUUGUGUGGAACUCCACGGCAGUGUCAUCAGAUUUUCUGUUUGUAAUGAUGCAAGCGUGUGUUGACCCUACUGCUUCCACACCUUAAUCGUGACACACUGCAUACAGCCAAAGUUGAGAAAGCAGAAGGAAUGCCACCUCGUCGCAAAACUUAGUAGAAAGGAUUGAUUUGGUGUUUGCGGCUGGUAAAAAGAUGGAAGAGAUUUUUUUUUUCUUUUUAUGAACUGCUUAAACAAGAAUCUUGGUAACUGCUCCUUUGUCCACCAAAAAUGCAAGCCAGGAAUAAACAGAAGUUAUAGUGAAGUCAUUUUCCUUAGACCACGUGUUUAUAGAUGGUUCAAUUGGUUACACCGGGCACAUGUAAUCCUGACAGUGUUUUGUUUUUUAAUUUAUCAGCUGCACACCAUACCUUUCACUGCUCUCGCUUAUGGCUAUCCAUAGAGUUGGCAUGCUUGUUGUGUAAUCUCUUCAUUCAAGGAAAAGCUCUUUCUUCACGGUCCAGCGAGGACAUGUUGUUUCUGAAAUCACUGAACGGUGACCAUAUCCUCAGUCAGUACUUUGGGGAAGACUACUUUUAUUGUGCUGUCAUCAGUUAGCCAUGAACUAGCAGAUACAGACAACCCAAAAGGAAUGGUUUACAUGUUCCUUACCUGCCUUCUUUUUGCAUGCUGCAUUCGACACUAAGUUACACGAAGAACACCUUCCCUAAAAGAGGGUCGGUUAAGAAUAUGGCCUCUGGGUAUAGUAAUGCUGGACUUCUUAUACUAGUAGUGUGACUUAUCUGUGCACUCCACGUUUGUCACCAAUAGGAGGUAUGAUUGAAGUGAAAUUAUAUUCGUAGUAUAUCGAACCUACCAGCCAUCUGCCAUGUGCUUUUGAAAGGUUUGACAGGUUGAAAGGUGCAUUAAGAGAGUGUAGGAAGUCUCGCGUCACUGUCCAAAUUGCUGCUUUGUUGGUGUUUCCUGUCUGCUGUAGAGGUGCUGCUCGAAGUCUCGUGUAGGCUGCACAGAGAUAAUUGUACAUUCUUCACAUAAACAAUCAUUGUCACGCAUGUUAUUCUCACACAGCGGUGUCUGUGUGUGUAUGCUCUUCAAUUUUAUGUCCACCUUUACGGCAACAAACCGGUGUUCUUUUUGUUAGUGUCUUUUUCUCGCACCUCCAGUUCGUACUAGGAGGCGAGGGCAUUGUGUCAUCAUCAUUCUGCUGUCUCACCGAAGCGGUCACGUGCACAGUAUGCUGCUGGCAUUACCGCAAGCUGCAGUCCCGGCCGUGAUGUUUUUUAUGCUCUAGCACUGCCCUCAGCACACUCAACGACGUCCCGGUUUACAUUACAUUAUGUGUCAUUUAGUUAUCAAAUUUCUACGCCGCUUUGAGAAGUGCAAGUGAAUCUGUGGAAAUGUCGGAAGUUGCACCUGAAGCAAAUGUGUGCCGCGGGCAGCUUCGUUUGUAAGCUGUUGACGUUUUGUUUGCGUGUGAUCGUGGUGUGCUGAGCUACACUGAUAUUUGUUAGGUGAUGCUUCAUGAUGCCAGAGCAUUUAGUGCACGGCCAUAUUUACUAUUGCACUCAGUGUGGGUUGCAAAAAAAAAAAAAAUUUGCACCUGCCUCUUCGACUAGAAGAGAAAAUUACAGGUGUCAUUUCUGUUACAUGUGAGGUCGUCCUAGCGAUUGGAACAGCACUUAGUUAACAAAUGUUUCGUGUACAAGCCCUGUCAUGCAGUCUCAAAGUCUUGCAGCGGCGGCUCCCCUUUUCCAAUUCAUAUUGAGUACAGUAGCACACUGCUGCAACUUGCUGCUCGGUGUUAAAAUGGGCCCUCAUUUUUCGAGUCUAGGGAAUCUUUUGUGAACCUAGGUGCUCAAAGGUUUAGUGUGUUACAUAUGUUCGCAGUUCUGCCAGUGAAGCACAGUUUCAUUUCAUGUGUUCAUCUUAUAAUUAAGUAAGCUGUAUAUAAAUGCAAAGUCCCUCUCCGUUAAGAUUUCAAGUUUUUUUUGUUAUUUUUAUGUCGCAAGAGACAGGAUAGUUCGUAUGCAUUUCAACAACUCGGAGUCUCGUUACCUGAGCAGGAAUGUCACGUGCGAAGUCGUUAAUGAAGUGGCACUUUAUUGGCCACCAUGGCUGCAGUUGCAUCAUGGAAUCGAUGUAGUGAUCGCGGCAAAGUAGUGAGAACUGCAAGUGACAUGGUGUAGGUUGCCGGCCCUCCAUUCACAUGAGCCUCCUGUUGACACUGGCAAGACAGUAAUACUUUUGUAACGCCAGACCGAGCCUUGCCUGUGAUUGGAGUUCUACAAUAGUGGUAUUAAGUCACACGUGCCACUUCAGCUCGGCGCUCGUGAUCCCCAAGCUGUUACAGUGCAAAUGGGCUCUCCCAUCAGACAUAGUGCUGGAAUUUUUGUGCCCUUCAUUUGUGACGUGCAGGGUCAGAUAUAGUGAAGGAAAAAAAGCUUACACAAAUGUCUGUGCCAGCCACCUCAGAUGUGGUGCUUUGCUUGGACGGAACAGCAUUACCUCUUCACUGCGCAUGAUAUAUUCAGUGCACACAGCCAUGAUUUUGAGCUUAUGGAGCUGUUUGUGUAAACCUUGAGUAAUAAAAUUCAUACAUACAUGUGUCCUAUUCUCUUUUGGACUGUGUCAUGCAUUACUAGAGCAAC